AAACUGGCAUUUUCUUUGUCAGAGAUGGCAAAAAUCUCCAAGGCUGAUCAGCUGACUGAAGAACAGAUUGCUGAAUUCAAGGAAGCCUUUUCCUUAUUUGACAAAGAUGGUGAUGGUACUAUCACAACAAAAGAACUGGGAACUGUCAUGAGGUCAUUGGGUCAAAAUCCAACAGAAGCAGAAUUGCAGGAUAUGAUCAACGAGGUAGAUGCUGAUGGCAAUGGCACUAUCGACUUCCCUGAAUUUUUAACCAUGAUGGCCAGAAAAAUGAAGGACACAGACAGCGAGGAAGAAAUCCGUGAGGCAUUCCGAGUCUUUGACAAGGAUGGCAAUGGCUAUAUCAGUGCAGCAGAACUACGUCACGUUAUGACAAACUUAGGAGAAAAGCUAACAGAUGAAGAAGUAGACGAAAUGAUCAGAGAAGCAGACAUUGACGGGGAUGGGCAAGUCAACUAUGAAGAAUUCGUACAGAUGAUGACUGCAAAGUGAAGAGACCUCCUUUACACCUUUUUCCUCUAGAAGAAUCAAAUUGAAUCUUUUACUUACCUCUUGCAAAAAAAAAUGUUCAUUUAUUCAUUCUGUUUCUGUAUAGCAAAACUGAAUGUCAAAAUACCUUCUGUCCACAAACUGCAUGUAAUGGUUGGUGGUCCUGUCCCCAAAAGAUAAAGUUAAACAUCAGUUUUACAAUAUAAAUAAUUGUACUACCUUGAAAAUAAAAAAAAAGGAAGCACUUAGUGAACUCAAAAGUUCCAUUUGCUAAUGACUAUUACACUGUUUGGGCUGGCCAGUUUUUCAUGCAUGCAGCUUGACAAUUGAGCACAGUCAGACAUUUGUAUUAAAAGGAAAAAAAAACCUAAAAGAUCCACUCUUUUGUUCAACAGUGGAUUCUAGUUCAAUUUGUAGUAUAAAUUGUCAUAGCUGGUUUACUUUAAAAUUGGUUUAUACCUCAGGAUGGUAUGCAGCAAAAUGGUUGAAGGAUGCAAAACUUAGAGAAAAUGCCCUAAAGGUUGAAUGGUUCUCCUGUACGUAGCAGUGUGCUCCAAAAAUACGGUGAUCUUAACUAUGGAUGGCAUGUCUGUGUUAAAAUACUGGUUUAACAUUGUCUGCAUUGCACUAUAGUGAAACGGGUGUCGGGCUGUUAACCGUUCACAAAAUUUUUAAGAAACCUUCACCAAGGGAGCAUCUUUGGACUCUCAUAUUUUUAAAACCUUCUGUACCAUGACUUGGAGCUGGCGGAGUAGCCUGUGGACUUCAGCACAACUAUCAACAUCGCUGUUCAAGAAUUACAAUUUAUGUCCAUUCCAAGUUGUAAAUGCUAGUCUUUUUUUCCAAUAAAAGACCAUUAACUUAAAGGUGGUGUUAAAUGCUUUGUAAAGCUAAAAUAUAUAUAUAUAUAAUUGAGAUGAUAAACCAAAAAAGCAGUAGGAGGGAAGUGUUUCUAUGAAUGACUUGCUGCUAAAUUAUAAUGCACAUGUAUGCAAUAAGUUAUCCCCUAUCUUUUCAAGAUGGCAAGAACUGACCUCCUGUAACCCAAGACCUUUGCUAUAAAUAAAUGAACUUGUGCUUGCCUUUCAUAUUACGACAAUGUUAAUUUAGUUGGUCUCAAAGUCGUGUAAUGCUGACUCGUCAACUAUCAGCACAGAAGUAACACCUCAUUUCACUAAAGUGGAGAGCUCUGAGCAUGCAUGUUGAUACUGGGGAAACAUGUAUAGGUUGCUUACGUUUUUUUUGACAGGUUAUAGAAACUAGUUGGAGAAUUUAAACAGCAUGGACUUCAUAGGUAUCUAUGAUUCUCAAACAUGCCAAAAAUGCGUUUCUCUACCCACAGAAAGAAAACAAAAGGACAUUUCUUUUACAAUAUGUAAAAAAAAAAAAAAAAAACAAAAAAAAACCCAAAACAAAAAUAAAAAAAACAACCCUAAGCCUUUUUGGAAAGUGGGGCUAUUAUGUCUUGACUAUCUUCUCAAACACUUGCAUGAAUUUUGUGGGGUGGAGAAGAGGACUAGGGUUAAUUUAAAAACCAUCUUGUUACUUCUGCUUUGCAUGCACUAGCAGUGCUUAGUCAUUCCAGGUCUCUGAGUAAGUGUUCUCUGAUCCUUCAGCUUCCCCAUGAAUGAGUGGCAAAGCAGCCAUGUCCACUCUUCUUUGUUUGAAAGAAGAAUGCUUUUUUUUUUUUAAAUAGCAGAGCCUCCAUGUGGAAGGCUUUUAUGCUUGGGAGGGAGGGACUACAGCUUAAUUACUUGACUGUAAGUUUGUUUCCAAACGUAACUGGAGUUGCAAACCUUAAUUGCUUAAUUGCCUUUGGUUUUGGAGAGUAUUGAUACUAUCUAUCUCUUGAAAGAGAUGCAAGUCUCCAUUCAUCCUGUCUAACUGAGGUGCCUGUGUUAAGAACGUGGUUGCUUGAAAUGCAGCUUUGCUCAGUGGGGGUCAAGAGACACCUCUAGAAGGCAGUUGAGAGUAUCUGCCUGCAGUGAUUUUUUUUUUUUAAUUAUUACUUAUUUAUUUUUUCAUGGGGGGAGUUCUGGGUGACUAGGGACCCAGAUAUCUUAACCAAGUGCCUAAAAGUUAGAUGGGCUGAAUGUAGGCAAUUGUUUAGAUCUCUAGUUGUUGCAAAGGCUUUUUGCUAUGGCUGUGUAUGCUGUUUUAGCAAACUGGCCAUGAUGAUGGGAAUGUCUGACUACCAUGUGAAAGUAAGAGUCUUACAUGGCAGCUGCAAACUGCUACUUCGGUAGUGCUUGAGAAAGGCUGCACUGAUUCUGUAGACCAGCUUUUAAAGAGAACGUACUCAAGAGACAGGCAAGGUAGGAGCAAUGGUUGCUGCUCUGAACUAAUUACUUCCUCUGCCUGAGUGUGCAGAGAGAUCUUGUCUAGUAGGUAAAUGCUUCUUACCAUCUAUCUGUCAUUCACUCACGGUUGGUAGGGUAGUUCAUUUAAGAACAGCUGCUUUUAGCUUAUUCAGUGUGCUCUGUGCUUGCUAGCAAAGAGACCUCACUCCUGCAAGAGGUUCUUGGCUUGAUUAGAAAUUGUCUGGCAGUGUGCAGUGUUGGUAUGCCCUGUAACUGAAUCUGCCUGGAGGUAUCUAAUUAUUAACUGACUUCAGUACCACAUCAACCUCGAGUAAAUGUAUCCUCUGUACAGGACUUUAGCUCUGUUCCCUUCUGCAUAGUGAAUAUCUAGAGAAAUGAAAUGGUGUCAUCAAGGACUUUUUUUUUUUUUUUUCUUCUGUGAGUGUGUGUGUGUGGCUUUGGCUUUUUCCAAAUGUGAAAGUGUGGGCUGGAUACACUUGGUGCAUGGCUUAGAAACAUGGGACUGGAAAGAACUUCCUGGGUCAUCAGAUCCAGUCCCCUGCUAUUGCAGGCAACCGUGUCAUAUAAUCCUUUUAAUAAACUGAUCAAGCUUAACCACCUGCUUGUAAGUGGCUUGUUUUCAUGGAAGUUCUGUAACUCAUGUUGCUCUCAACUGAUGCAAGUAAUAUAUGAAAUAUGAAGUUAAUCAAAAGGUCCUCCAGCUUAGCUUUAGGUUUAUCAUUACACUUACUUAACUGACUUUCUCAAACCUGUUAUUCUUUGCACAACACUCAGGAAAGUGUUGAAUCUUUACACCCCCUUGCUAUGAAUAAGAGUUAGUGUGCUUGCUUAUUUUUUUUAAUGGAAAAGAUGGAUGUCUGGCUUGUUGAAAUUUGUUAGAUAUGUUAAUUGUCAAGGCAAGAAACAAUUGAGUUACUUGUAUUUGAUACAUAAAUUUAAGGCUAGAGUAUACAUAACCAUUUUUAAAAUACAUCAACUUGCAGUGUAGUUUUAUAUUUAAUACUGAAAUUGUACUGCUAAAGUUUAAAAUGCUGUUAAUCAUAUUCCUCUUCUGAUCAUAAUGAAAAAAUAAAGGGUAAGAAAAUGCUUAACAUA